GCAAUUUAGUAUGCAAUAGCAACGGUAAGCGCGAGAUGUAUGGUUUGGAAACCGAUCGUGUCUUAGGUUGUUGCUACGAUUAACUGAGAAAAUAUGGCAGCUGGUUGUUGUGGAACGAAAAAGCAAAAGUUAAACAAUUCGUCUAGUGUUCCAUGCAACGGUACCGUGAGUUUACAAAAUGGUAUUCGUAUGCGGAACUCCAUAAUAGCGCAGCCUGAGAUGGGCUUUUAUUGUUUCGAUGUUCUAUACUGCCAACUGCACCAACUCGAUCCACCAAAAUCGCCCAACUUCAGCAAUGAGCCAUACCCAUUAUUUGUAACAUGGACUAUUGGCAAAGAUAUGAAAUUACGAGGCUGCAUUGGUACAUUCAAUGCAAUGCAUUUGCAUGCAGGAUUACGGGAAUAUGCUACCACUAGCGCCUUUAAGGACUCUCGUUUUAACCCGAUAACAAGGGAAGAACUGCCACGUUUGCAUGUCAGUGUCUCUAUACUUCGUCAUUUUGAAGAUGGAGCAGAUUAUUUAGAUUGGGAAGUAGGUGUUCACGGAAUUCGUAUAGAGUUUCAUAACGAGAAGGGUAAUAAGCGAACUGCUACUUAUUUACCUGAUGUUGCAACUGCACAAGGAUGGGACCAAAUACAAACAAUAGAUUCUCUUCUGCAUAAAGGUGGUUACAAAGGAUUAGUCACUCCAGAUAUUAGACGCAGUGUAAAACUAACUCGAUAUCAAAGUGAAGGAGUAACAGUUAGUUAUCAAGAGUACAUGACACAUUGGCAUGGACGAAGAUGCUAGCAACUGCCAAGGAGUCCUAGCAUAGGGCUUCUCUAUUUUAAAAUUCCUGGCAAGAUUUGUUAUUCCAAUAUUGGUAUCAUUAACUCCUGUUUACAAUACAUUAAUGAGCAAUACAAUAAGAUACUGGCCAGUCGACAAGCAUUAUUUGAUCUACAGUUUAAUGAAUUUUCAUUUACACAAUCUCGUUCUGUAUCUGUUAAUUCACAGAUUGUAUCAUAUAUGCAAAAGUGCCCAUUUAUUUGGUGGGAAUAUUUAGGAAUCUUGUCACACCACUAUUGUGGAUUAUGUCUUCCUAUGCAGAAACUUGGAUUUUGGAAUACAGAAAUAAAAAUGAUACUAGGGACAAUUAAA